UCGGUGUUGUCCAUUUUGUGAAGAGCCGGCAUCAAUUCGGCAUUUACUACAUUGUCCAAUUAUCGACUCAACCCGAAAAGAGAUCCUGAGUACAACGGAUCCCUUCGACCUUUUGAGAGAGGCUAACAUCACAAACGUUCUAAAGAUGUACAAAUUGUUGAAAGAAACUGACUUGUUAAAGCAUAUUUAAUAUUAAGAAUAAAUCGUAGGAUUUAAAGUUGUGCGUAAAAGCACGAGAAAACACACGGAGAUGGCUAUCCUGCAGUCUUGUUGCUUUUGGAAGACAGUGCGUACCGGCAGCAUGGCAAGCGCCACAUACACUUUGGUGUACUUUGGUUUCUCCACCGUUGUUAUGCUCAUUACUGUUUACGAUGAACGGGAGUUUCUGGCUGGCGGUAGAGAGCAACCAUUAGGAGAAAGCAUCUUGGCUAAGGGAGAGAUAACACCGGCUAUUGUUAUAUUUAAUAUUCUCUUUCUGAUUUGCUCGUUCUUCAUCGUCAUAUCGUCGCUCUUAACGUUCGUUGGACUAAAGCAGAAUCGUCGUCAACUGCUGUUGCCCUGGAUUAUUUUCAUGCUUUGCGAUGUGCUCAUUGAAAUUGUUCACUUAAUCUAUUUGUCAUUUACGCAAAUCGUGAACUUCAAUCCAGUAGUCGGCUUUAUAUUCACCAUCGACUUUUUUAUAAUGUGUCUAAAUUCUUACUGUCUGCUGUGCGUGAUAUCGCAAUAUCAAAAUUACCUGCAAGGACUGGGUUGCGGGAAUCAACAGAUACGGACCGACGUGGUGAUACAAUCAGCUGAUGGUGGAGCUAGUUCGAGUCAGAGUUAUCUGCGUGCAACAAAAAUACAAAAAUCUAUCGCCAGUCCUUACAUCACAACAAAUGCACACACGCAUAUUUCGACGAUACACGAGGAGACGGACCAAAAUCAUAAACUUCCUACGAAUUCAGCGGAAGUGCCGAGCGAACUGGCUGAGGACAACUGCUUACACAUUACUGCCAACAUUCCGUCUCCGUUAUAAAUGUGACAUUACCAGCGUUUCUUCUCUAGUGAAAAUGGCAUGUGGCGGACAAUACAAGCGGUAGUCGAAGAAGCAUCAGAAUUUGCAACGUAUGCAUGCAACAACUGCUUACAGAUAAAAUAUAGAAAUUGCAGUUGCAGUACAGGCAAAAAGACAUAUAAGGUCUGUGAGCGGUAAAAUGCAAGCAGCGUUUCAGUGAAAAUAUAAAAAGAAGAUUAUUUUUCGAAGUCUGGAGGAUCUACACACAUCAAAUACUACAGAUUUGCCUACUCACGUAACAGUUAAGUCAUAAAUGUGCCUAAACAAUAAUGCGUGCGAAGUGUUUCGAACCUAUGCCACGAGUUUUAGAAAUAAAUUUUCACUUUAUAUCAACCGGCGUAGGAGUUUGCAUGAUAAUAUUCCAAAGGAGAGCUACACCUUUCUUGAUUCCUAAAUAAACACCCUUUAUACGUAUACAAAAUUGUAUAUACAAUUUAAUUCCGAAAAUUUACAAGUUGUGAGACACAAUUUUUCGAAUGUAAAUAUUGUAAUAAAAUUUUAGUA